AUGGAUGAAGACUCGGAAGAUGAAGCUUGGCCUCUACCUCGAAACGUCGCAUCGAAGACGACUCACGAAGCCACGGGGUACGGUCAGAAAGAAUCUUCAAAGAGUAAGAGCAACAUCCUGGCGCAGUCAAACAACGAGAGCAAGUGGGCACCAUCUGGAAUCUCGGCCAGCCAAGCCCUCCGCGAGCGAGCGCGAGAGAAGCACGUUCCUCGCAGAGCUGAUAGUGACGUGGAUAUGCUGGACCUUCGCGAAGGACCACCUUCAGAGUCUAACCAAGCUUCCUAUUGCCAAUCUCGAGAGGAGAGUCUUGCCUCAACAUCCGCAAGCAACACCAAUCACUCAGUCAAGCCGCUUAAGCUCAACGCCCGUCAGCUCAUGCAGGAAGCCGCGCGGCGGAUUCGCGAGUCGAACACCAAGGAAGAGUACACCAGGAUCGACUCAUCCGCUUCUCCCUUCAGAAGAGCACUCACAGCUAAGCAAAGGCCUGCGACGCCGCGUGUGCUCAAACUUCCUCCAUUAGCGGCACCGGGUUCGCAGCAAUUUCCAUCCAAGUCAUCUCAAGCGAUCCCACCACCGUCGCCAUCGGGGACCAGACGCACGGCGCCAGAUGCUGUCAGUAUUUCCAGUGCGGGAUCAAGCAGCGAAAGCGGCAGUGAAGUUGGCAAAGAAGGUGCCGUCGGGAGCCAGAAACCUUCGAAGCAAACCGUGCCUGAGGCUGCAUCUGAAUCUCAUUUCUCUUCUUCUUCUUCUUCUUCUUCUUCUUCUCGUCUCCCGCCGCCAACCGCAGCAACGAUCGCGUCAAGCCAGCACAGCCAGAUGCCUCCACCGAAGACGACAGCGCGCCGGGAAAAGACCAGCAAUGCGGCGAUGAUCAAGAAGCUUCUCAAAAAGCAGGGAAUGACGAAGACGCAAGACUCCGUUGCUGCUGCUGAUCAGAAGAUAAAAGAGACCAAAGAAGAGCAAUCGGCAUGGAAGCAAGCGAUGGCUGCAUUCGAUGACCAGAAGAAGAGCGAAGAUGCUUCUUCUCCUGCGCCCUCGCGCUACAAACAGCCUCAAGCUGUAGGAAGCGAUGCCGGUGCUGGUGGGGAGAAGACCCGCGACGACGAUGAUGACGCGGAGUCGUCUGGCAGCGAGGUCGAGAGGGAGGAUGUGGCGGCGUGGAUCGAGGAGGAGAAAAAGAAAGAGAAAGAGAAGAAGGACCGUGACCUGCGGAGGAAACGGAUUGCUUACCAUGAGGCGAGGCUGCGGGAGGAGAGAGAAAAGGAGAUGAGGAUGGCUGGUGGUGGUGGCGGCGGCGUUGCCGAUGAGGGCGGAGAAGGAAAGCCCAAGAAGAAGAAGAAGGCUGGAGAGGGGAAGAAGAAAGCGGUGAAAAGGAGCACCAAGCAGAAGGUAGGCGAGGAGGGGAAAGUCAAGAGUAAUGAGUUCGUGGAAGAGAGCGAGGACGAAGGCAUUGGAGGACCGGCUGGUGGUCUUGAACAGGCUGCUGAAGAGUUCGAGAUGGAUGCCGAAAUGCUAGGCAAUGCUGAAGCCGACGCCGAAGACGAUGGCUUGGAUGAUCUCUUCAACGAGCCGUCUGGUGGAGUGGCAGAGCAGGAGUUCCAGGAGGAGAGCGGUAUGCAGGAGGACCAGACUGAGGGGGUUGGUGGGACCGAGGGUGCGGACCUCACUCAGCAAGGCCCAUCCACCAGAACAGAAAGCGUCAAUCAAACAGUCGAAGGGGUCCAGGAAACCACCGGCGAUUCUUUACCUCUAAAUGACCCCACCACUCAAACUCAACAAGACGCCAAUGACGAUGUGCAAAAGAAGGCCGACAACCUACAGUCUCUCCUUGCAAAUGUGACAAAGGACUCUGCAAAGCAGCAAGAAGACGAUCGGUUAAAUACAAGGACGCCCCCAGUUGGUAGCGCGCGCGAGAUUGCACAGCGCAAUGCUGCCAGAAGGGAAAAGGCUCUUGCAAAUGGGCCGCUAAAGAAGCAUUUAUCGUCCUCUAGCAAGUCUUCGGGGAUGGAUGGCGUUGGUUCCAGACCGGUUGGUAGGCCAAAGAGCAGUGCCUUCUUACCGACAACAAAGUCGAAAAACCAAGGUACAUCUCAGGCCCAGCGAAGACCAACUUCAGGGCCUCUGCCUCCUGAGAGUGAGCUCAUUCCUCCAAAGACGUCGAAGAAGAAGAGUAAAAAGGCAGUGGAUACUCCUCGGAGACCAGCAGCUGUCUUAAACGAUUCAGAAUCCGCGGACUUCGGCCCACUUUGCAUCGAUAAGACGCCGAAAACACCUAUGUCGGUACUAGAUGAAGAUGAAGACAAGCGCAUUCACUUCUGGAGAGAAAUGGGUGUUAAGUGGGAAGACAUUCGCAUAUUGUUCGCUGCUCACACCGGCAAGAAGUUCACCGUCCCAUCACUGCAGUAUCGUCUAAAGCGUAUCAGGGAACGCUGGCCAGAACUGAAAGAGCAGGCUGAAAGGAAGAAGGAUGACAAUAAUCUCAUCGGCUUACCUGCGCUCGUGGCAGCUAAUGCAGCAGAAAACGACAAAGACGAACCGGAGGAGCAACAACCUCCGCGGCUAGGCGGCAAGAAGUGGGACCACAACGCCUACGAGGAGUACAUGGCCAACAAGCAAGCUUUGGCCGAUUACUUUACAGACGGCGAGGGGUCAUCGAACGCAUCCGAAGACGACGACGACAGCGACGACGAAGGCGAAGCACUCGCACCACCCCGCAAACCGCGGACCGUCACCCGCACCAUCGUCGAGCCGGAGCCGCUGGACGAGAACGAAGUCUGGUUCCAGUACCACGUCACCCGCAAGGCCUGGACGACGGACGAACGCGAAGACAACGUGCCCACCUACGCCGUCGGGCCGCCGGCGUACAACACGCUCCGCGAGGCCAACACCGCCGCCGGCAAGGAGAUCCAGCUCAGCCGCUUCGGCGUGCCGGGCAUCAGCAUCACCUGCUCCAGCUUCUCGUGCACUACCGACGCCGACGGCAUGCAUCACUACUAUGUCUCGCACGAGGGCGGAAUCAUGGUCCGCGUUGACGUCACCCGCUCGCUGCGUGCGCCGGGCGCGGCGAAGCCGGAGGUCACGGUUGCUGGGAACGCGUGGCUGUCGAAGCGUCAGUGGAUUGCUUGCGCGAAGGAGGUGCAUACCGUCACGUCCACUGUGGCUGUUCCGGUCGUGGUUCCCUCCACGCCACCGCCGUCCAACAAUAAUAACAACAAGGACGAGGACGAGGAUGACGACGACGACGACGAUAAUGAUGAGAAGAACAACAACGAAAACAACAAGGAUGAGAAUGGAGGAGAUACCGCCGCCCCCGACGACGCGGACUUCGACUUUCUGUUUGAAGAAGCAAUGAACCAGCAGGAGCUCUCACCACCUCAGACUUCUUCUUCGCCUCAAGAACAGGACCAAGAACAACAACAACCCAACCUCACAGCCGAGUCUCUCCCCACCACUGCCGCCGCCGCCCCCGUCCCCACCCCCGUCGCCACCACCACCGCCACCACUACCACACGCAACAUCCGCAUCCUCGGCGCCUUUACCGUCCUCGACGCCGCCAACCGCGAAGCCGCGGCCGCACUGCUGGAGGCCUGUGCACCGCGGAAGAACAAAUACCACAUCGAUGUGGUGGAGCAGAGGAAGCAGAUGCAGAGGGAAAUCAGUGCGAAGGUGGAAGAGUUGGAGGAAGAAGGUGGCGCCUUCGAGGCGACUGUGGAAGUGGAGCCGUCCGACGGAGGGAGCGAGGAGGGGAAGACGGUGGAGGUGACGGUGUGGGUCGAGGAGGUGACUUUGGGGGGCCCGAGGAAUGUGUGA